AAGAGAAUGGAAUUGAAAGAUGAGAUCGAAAGAAUCACCGUAACAAAGCCGGUGGCAUGGAAACCUUCUCCAAUCAAAUUUCACUCAUUCUCUGCCCUUCUCGCCGGCGCCGGCGAUAGUACAGACGAAGCGGCGCCUGCGCCGGCGCCGGAAACUUCUCAAAAGUUGUUUGUAACUGCCGCCAUUCGGCCGAAGACUAUCCGGUUGAAGGCAUCCUUUUUCAUGAACAAUUCUUCCAAGAUUCUUCAGGUUGAGUUAUCAGAAGCGGCGGCGCCGGCGCCAGCGGUAACGCCGGAGGUGAUUUAUAAACCCUUGGCUAGAUUAGUAGGAGCGAAAACCAGUCAUACCCUUAACGAUAAUACUAUGGUUCAACCAAAUAUGGAUGAUGAUCUUGAUCAUAAACAAGCUAUAGUGCUAAUGGAGAAACCAUCAGACACAUUAAUGUUUAGCGAUAAUUCAUUGUACGAAACGAACAAGGGAAAUAUGAAGAGAAUCGAGGCAUCGAAAAUUGUUGAUCAAAACAAAUCUUUUCCACCUUGGUACGAUGGGUAUGCAUGGAGAAAAUAUGGGCAAAAACAAGUUAAAGGAAGCGAAUACCCGAGAAGUUACUAUAAGUGUACACAUCCAAAUUGCCCUGUCAAAAAGAUGGUAGAAAGGUCAUUGAGUGGAAAAAUAGAAGAAAUUGUGUACAAAGGCGAACACAACCACCCAAAACCCGGGCCUGCCAAGCGCAACCUUGGUUUAGGAGGAUUUGAUCAAAUAAGUCGAGAAUUUGAAGGCGAAACUAGCCAAGUCGGGUUCGAAUCAAAAUUGUGUUAUCAAGGCAUAAGAAAAGCUUUAGAAGGAGGUGAUGAAGAUGAACCGAAAUUUAAGAUAAGAAAAAGUGAGUUGACUCAGUUGAGCGAUGUUGGAAUAUCCGGUGAAGUGGUUGGAAAUGAACGAGUUACGAAGCCAAGUAUCAUGAAUGUCGAAUCUGAGGCUACUGGUGAUGUGUUUCGGUGGAGAAAAUAUGGCCAAAAGGCGGUCAAGGGUAAUCCAUAUCCUAGGAGUUACUAUAGAUGCACGAAUCUAAAAUGCACUGCUCGCAAGUAUCUUGAAAGGUCGGCCAAUGAUUCAAACGCAUUGAUCACUACUUACGAGGGCAAACACAACCACGAUGUGCCUACUUCGAAGGCAAAGUUCUAGCUAGCUAGUUGAACAUGUAUUUGUAAUAAUAUUAGAGAGUCAAGUACUCUAGUCAUAAUAAUGGUCUCAUCCUUUCAUUUAAAGUGUUUUUAACUAGACAAAAUACUUAUCACUUAUUAAGUUACCUUAGUGCGUUGCAUUGUUGUAAAGCUAAAGAGAG